AUGGCCUUCCCUAACGGAAUCCCCUACUUCCUCCCCGCCGAGCGCGCGCAGGUGCUCGCCAACUACCCGCACGCCCGCAUCAUCCCGGCCGGCUCACAACUCAUUUACAUAUCGGGCAUCUCCUCGCGCCGCGGCGAUAAUACCGUUGCCGGCUGCACCACGGACGAGGCCACGGGCAAGCACACGCUCGACAUCCGCCUCCAGACCGAGGCUGUUCUCAGCAACAUCGAAGGCACCAUCCGCGGCGCGACAGCUGGCCAGUGCGGCAUGGACAGCGUUGUUAACGCGACCGUCUUCCUCACUGAUAUGGCGGACUAUAAGGGCAUGAACGAGAAAUGGAAUGAGGUCUGGCCCGAUAAGAGUAAAGCCCCGUCGCGGACGUGUAUUCAGGUCGCCGCGCUGCCAAAUGAGCGGCUGAACGUCGAAAUUCAAUGUCAGGCGCUGUGGAAGCAGUAG